AUGUUCGACCUACUCCUGCGCGAGGCCAGCCCGCAGGCCGUGGCCGGCCAGCUGCGCCUGCUGGCCGCCGAUGGCGCCGAGCAGGGUCUGAUGCCUGUGCCGCACCUGGCCAGCCUAUGCGGCAACGAGGCCGUGCUUCGCUGGUGCGUCGAACACAGCAAGAUCCUUGGCGCCAAGGGACGCGCCCAGGCGAAGCCGCAGCAGCAGCAGCAGCUUCUGUUCGACCUGGCCAACGACCGCGACCGCGUGGGAGCCACUGCACUGCACUACGCGGCGCUCGGGGGUCACCUGGCGUGUGUGCGGCUGCUGGUCGAGGAGGCUCACGUCCCGCCGGACACGACCAUCAAGAAGUCGACCGCCCGCACGCUCAAUGUCAUCGACGGCCAUACCGGCGUCAGCAGCGUGAUCACCGCCAGACCCGACGCCACCUCGCCGAUCGGCGCCAGCGGCAUCACGCCGCUGCAUUUCGCCUGCCAGGCCGGCGCCCAGGACGUGGUGGACUACAUCUACCAGCGGUGGCUCGACGGCCAGCACCGAGGCGCGAGCAAAAAGGGUCAACGGCCUACCGCCCUGCCCGUCGACGAGCACGGCGCCACGCCCCUCGCCUAUGCCAUCCAGGGCGGCCACACGGACCUCGUGCGCCACCUCAUCGCACCGACCGCGCCCACAUCGACCGAUGCCUCGAGUACCGAUGGCGUUGACGGCAAUGCUGAGGCGGCGGCGACGCAAAACGAGCCCGGGCUGGGCUGGGCGAUCUCGAUGGCAAAGCACAGCGGCAGCAGGAGGGCGACCCUGCUCAGUCUGGCGAUGAGCGCCGGCUGGGUCGAUAUCGCACGCCUGUUGAUUGCCGAGGUGAAGCGACGCGACAAGCGCAAGCUCAAGACGUUCGUCACCCAGCGUGCGGCCGACGGGACCCAGCUUCUGCACUCGGCAUGCUACUUUGGGUCGGUCGAGUGCGUCGACCUGCUGCUCUCCCUGCGAGAUGACGUGACCGGGGAGCCGCUCAUUGAUGCCGACGGGCCGGACUCUGACGGGCUCUUGGAAGAGGGCGCACCACCGACGGUCAACUCGGGCAAAACAGUGCUCCACAUGUGCGCCAACACAGGAAACGUGCCGGCGGUGGAAAUGCUGCUGCAGGGCUGGAAGGAGAACAAGUGGGGCCUGCGGGACAAGCUCGACCUCAACGCGGAGGACCCCAACGCGGCCGGAUCGACGCCCCUGCACGCCGCCAUCUUCUCCACCUCAGCCCUCGCCCACAAGAAUGUCGCUGCGUUGCUUGAUGCUGGCGUGGACCCCAAGAAGAGGCUUCACAACGAUGAUGGGUCGCUGCUGCUGCAUGCCGCGCGCAGUGGCACGGCCAAGGCCGUGGAGGAGCUGCUUCUGCGCAACUUCGACGUCGAGGAGGCCGACAGCUUUGGCUCGACGCCCCUCACCGCCGCGCUCGCCCGCCACGGACAGCAGGUGCUGCUGCGGCUGCUCGAGGCCGGCGCCAAGGUCAAGUGGGGCGCCACGCCCCUGGUCGAUGUCGAGUGCUACAUCAACACCGGCUCGCCCGAGGAGAAUAUGAAGAGCGGGCACACCGCCACCUACUACGACGCCGGCCGGAGCGCCUACCAGGUCGUCGUCGGCGGCCACUUCAAUGGCGUGCACCCACCAGGCAUCUAUUUCCUGUCGACUCACUACCGCGCCUGGGACGCCACCUACUUUGACAACAACGUUUUUGUGAACCGGCGAGGGCACACGUGCACGCUGGUGGGCGACACGAUUGUCCUGUUCGGCGGCCUGCGCUACGCGCCCUUACCGAGGACGCACUUCAACGAUGUCUACUUCAUCAGCGCCGUCAAUGGGCGUGUGACGAAACCGCUGAUCUUGGGCGAGGCCCCUCUGGCGCGUGAGAGCCACACGGCGACGCUGGUGGGCCGCAAGAUCUACUUCAUGUACGGCUGCAGCGCGACGGCCUUCAUGGACGACAUCGUCGUGCUGGACAUGGACAGCCUGGAGUGGAGCCGCCCGUCCGUGACCUCCCUCAAGAGACCCUCGAUGCGCUUUGGCCACACCGCCACCCUGGUCAACGACCACGAGAUCUGGCUGUAUGGUGGGAUCAACCGCGUGGUGAACGUGGCCGGUCGCACGCAUCUGGUGUCGACCGACCCCGACUGGCACGUGUUCGACACCCACACCCUGCAGUGGCGUACCAUUAACGCGAGCGUGGCCGUUCCCGCCAGCGGCAAAGGGAGCCCGGCGAAGCUGCCUACGCCGCGCGCCAAUCACACGGCGACGCUGGUGGGCGAGGAGAUCUACGUGUUCGGCGGCGAUGCCUCGCAAGAGAUCAACGAACUGUGGAUCUUCAAUACCAGAACGCACGUGUGGCGGCAGCAGGAGGUGAUCAAGGACUUCAGCGGCACCGGUCUGACGGGCCACACGUGCGAGCUGGUUGACGGCAACAAACUGAUCAUCUACGGCGGCGAAACUGGGGUCAUCGUGCGCGACAAUGUGGCCUGCAUCGAGACUGGCGUGCUGUCGCCCGCGUCGGCGGACAUGGCUAAGGUGUGGAGCGAACGGGAGGAAACCGGUGACGUCGAGUUUGUGCUGCCGUCGGGCCAGACCGUGGCCGCGCAUCGCGUGGUGUUGGCCUCCCUCUCGCACUACUUCCGCGACCUCUUUGCCCGCCAGCCACCCUCCGCCCUGCGCAAGGGAAGCGGAGAGAAGCUCCAGGUCAGGCUGGGGAACGAGGUGCGCAGGGAGCAUCUGGAGAUCGUGCUGCGCUUCAUCUACACCGACGUCAUCGACGUGGACAACAUUCCUGGCUUCCCGCCCAGCGGCACACACUGCGCAGCUCCGCCGUUUGUGCGCGACUUGAUCGACGCGGCGAAGCUCUAUGCCGCCGAGAGGCUGGGCCAGUUCGUGGCGCGCCUCCUGCGCCAAUCGAUGCCGUUCCAUCGCGACACGGCCGACUACGAGCCCAGGUCGCUGCUGGCCUUCCUGAACAACAUCGAAUACAGCGAUGUGCGAUUGGUGUGCGAGGGCAAGAUCAUCAACGCGCACAAGGCCAUUCUCUCGCGCUGUCCCUACUUUGACGCCAUGCUGCGCAUGUCCUCGAGCUCCUUCUUUGGCUCCGAGAGCGACGAGAGCGAAGACGACGUGGAGGAGCUGGUGAUCACGGACACGAGCCACGACAUUCUGCAGGUGAUCCUGCGCUACCUCUACGAGCUCGCCGACGAAAACCCGGUCGGCGAGGGCGCCUUUGUCACCGAGGAGACGGCCGUCGAGGUGCUCAUCACCGCCGAGAAGUACGGCCUCGACACCCUCAAGUUGUGGUGCGAAAAGCUCAUCGUCGAAGUCAUGGAGGAGCAGAACAUUCCGUAUUUCCUGCAGCUGGGAGAUACGUACCACGCGCCGCACCUGAGGCGCUACUGCCUGAGUGCCCUCUCGGCCCAGUACGACCACAUCGAUGCCGUCCUUCGCGCGGCCCCCGGCAGCGCGGGCGGGGUCGAGGAGCAGAUCGAGAGCGACGAGCUGCGGGCCGAAGUGCUGGGCAUCGUGCACGAGCGGCGGCGCAAGCGGAACGCUCUGCUGGCCGACUACGAAGACGUCAACGACAAGGUCUACUUCAACACUGUGCUGCCCACGCUCGCCGAUUCGCGCCAGCCGCUGGGCAGGGCCAGCGCCGUCUUCGGCGUCAUGGUCGGCGUUGCAGCCGCUUGGGCCUUCCUCGGUGGUAUCUAG